GCGCGAGCGGAAGUGGAGAGGCAGCCCAAAGGAGGCGCGGUCUCCUAAACUCAUGGCGGCUCUUGUACGGGCAGCGGUGGUGCGUUCGCAGUGUCGCCAGCUCUGGUGUCUGUUCCCUCGCGGCCGUGGGCUCAGGGAUGUGGCGGAGACGCCGAGAACGGAGGAGGCGCGCUGCUGCCUGGGGAGCCGAGCCUUCAGCGCCGGACCGCCACCGCCGGGGGCCGGACCGGAACCCAAGGGCAGCCAAGCCAGGUCUCACCGCCCGAAGCCUGGGCCUGUUUCUUGGAAGUCUUUAGCACUCACUUUUGCCAUCGGAGGAUCUUUAUUGGCAGGAAUGAAGUACUUCAAGAAAGAAAAGAUAGAAAAGCUGGAGAAACAACGGCAUCGCAGCAUUGGGAAGCCUUUACUAGGGGGACCAUUUUCCCUCACAACUCACGAUGGAGAGCCCAAAACUGACAAGGACUACCUGGGUCAAUGGGUAUUGAUUUAUUUUGGCUUCACUCAUUGCCCUGAUAUCUGUCCAGAAGAACUAGAAAAAAUGAUUGAAGUCGUGGAGGAAAUAGACAGCAUUCCAUCCCUGCCGAAUUUAACUCCACUUUUCAUCACCAUUGACCCAGAAAGGGACACAAAAGAAGCCAUUGCGACUUAUGUGAAAGAAUUUUCUCCCAAACUGGUUGGUUUGACUGGCACAAAAGAAGAGAUUGAUGGAGUGGCCAGAGCAUACAGGGUGUAUUACAGCCCUGGCCCUAAGGAUGAGGAUGAGGACUACAUAGUGGAUCAUACAAUAAUAAUGUACUUGAUUGGACCGGAUGGACAAUUUCUUGAUUAUUUUGGACAAAACAAGAAGAAGGCAGAAAUAGCUGGCUCAAUUGCUGCACACAUGAGGUCACACAUGAAGAAGAGGUAGCCAGGGAUGCGUUGCCAGAUACGGGAUUGACUCGCUGAAGAGGAAGCUUUGUCUCCCAGAGGAACCUCUGUAUAAUGUUACGUACAGCAUGGACUUCAUACCCUGAGAACAUCAUUCUACAUGAGCUGUUACCCUGGGGCUCAGCCAACCCAGUCUGCCGCAAAGCUAUCAUGAGUCCAAAGGACCAGGGUAGGCAGAGCCAGUGGAGAACAGACGUCCAGAACCAUCAGAGAGGCACACAAAUGCACAUCUGUAGGCACUGGAGUAACAUUGCCGCCUCGCCAGUGUCUGCUUGCUCAGGUGUGUGGGGCCAAAUUCUACAGGAAAGAGGGUCACUUCCGUAAUGCUCUCACUGUUUCAACUUGUGUACCUGUUUGCUCAUAGUCAGCAUUGGUGUUCAAGUCAUCUUUAUACUUGAGAAUAGAAGCUCAGCUUCUUUAAAAAGGAAUGUCACCGUCAAGUCUGCACCUCAUUCCCACUGCAGGUGCUGCGUUGGAGGAGAAAACUUACUGUUUGCACAGAACUGUUGGUUCAGUCCCCGCCUUGUUAUUUUUUUAAUAGCUGAGUGAUUUGACUGGUUUUCAGUGGUAGACCAAAUGGAAAUGAGAAUAUUUAUCAUGACUAUGAUCUGGUAUUUUUAUGUAUCAGAUUGCACAAUGUAUGAAAUAAAAGAUGUGGUCAGUCUA